CUUCAGAACCACAUGCAAGAAGUGUCAAAUCAGGGCAGUAUAACCCAAGUUCUUGAGUUUGAAUACAACAAGCUGGUGGACUCCCUCUCGAAAUGGAUCAGUGUCCUCUCAACGGGAGGCAAGAUUCGUGACCUCCCCACGACUUUAACGACCGAUGAGGCUCUGGCACAUUUUUUGGACGAAAUAGAACCUCUCAGUCCUCUAAUGGACCUGCCAUCAAAAGGACCUAUGAUUGAUCCAGAGAAGUUGUAUUUGGGGACUGCUACGAAACCAGCCACCCUCUGUGCACUCGCUAUUCAACUGGGAACGUGCGAAUUCUUUCAUUGUCAAUCAGUGAGCUCUCAUCAAUAA